GCAACAAUGGUGAAGAGAGUGGCCAUCAUUGGAGCUGGUGUCAGUGGCUUGGCCUCCAUACGGUGUUGUCUGGAAGAGGGGCUGGAGCCCACCUGCUUUGAAAGGAGCAAUGAAGUUGGAGGUCUGUGGGAAUUCUCAGACCAUUCAGAAGAAGGCAGAGCCAGCAUCUACAAGUCUGUGUUCACCAACUCUUCCAAAGAGAUGAUGUGCUUUCCAGACUUCCCAUACCCUGACGAUUACCCGAACUACAUGCACCAAAGCAAGGUCCAGGAAUACAUAAAGACAUUUGCUCAAAAGAAGAAUCUUUUCAGAUAUAUACAGUUUGAGACCCUGGUUACUAGUAUAAAGAAAUGUCCCAACUUCUUGAUCACUGGCCAAUGGGAAAUUGUUUCAGAAAAGGGUGAGAAACAGGAAUCUACUAUUUUUGAUGCUGUAAUGAUCUGUUCAGGACAUCAUGUGUACCCCAAUCUACCAACGGAUUCCUUUCCUGGCCUCGACCGAUUUCAAGGCUACUACCUCCACAGCCGGGACUAUAAGGGCCCAGAAGUGUACAAGGGGAAGAGGGUCCUCGUGAUUGGCCUGGGAAACUCAGGAUGUGACAUUGCUGUUGAGCUCAGCCGUCUGGUUACACAGGUCAUUAUCAGCACCAGAAGUGGUUCCUGGGUCAUGAGUCGGGUUUGGGAUGACGGCUAUCCUUGGGACAUGCUGUAUGUUACCCGCUUUGCAUCCUUUCUCCGGAAUGCCCUUCCUUCAUUUGUCUCUGACUGGUUAUAUGUCAAGAAGAUGAACAAGUGGUUUAAACAUGAGAACUACGGCCUGAUGCCUUUAAAUAGCACCUUGAGGAAAGAGCCUGUGUUCAAUGAUGAGCUCCCCUCCCGCAUCCUAUGUGGCACUGUAUCCAUCAAGCCCAAUGUGAAGGAGUUUACAGAGACUUCAGCCAUAUUUGAGGAUGGGACAGUGUUUGAGGCCAUUGAUUAUGUCAUCUUUGCAACAGGCUAUGGUUAUGCCUACCCCUUCCUUGAUGACUCCAUCAUCAAAAGCAGAAAUAAUGAGGUCACCUUGUUCAAAGGCAUCUUCCCCCCAUUCUUGGAAAAGCCAACCUUGGCUGUGAUUGGCCUUGUCCAGUCCCUUGGUGCUGCCAUCCCCACAGCUGACCUGCAGGCCCGCUGGGCUGUUAAAGUAUUUGCAAAUUCAUGUACCUUGCCAACUACAAAUGAAAUGAUGGAUGACAUCGAGGAGAAAAUGGGGAAGAAACUCAAAUGGUUUGGCCAGAGCCAGACUUUGCAGACAGAUUACAUCACAUACAUGGAUGAACUGGGCUCCUUCAUAGGGGCCAAACCUAACAUACCAUGGCUCUUCCUGACUGAUCCCCAGCUGGCCCUGGAGGUGUACUUUGGUCCUUGUAGCCCAUACCAGUUUCGACUGAUGGGACCAGGGAAGUGGGAUGGGGCCAGAAAUGCCAUCCUGACCCAAUGGGACAGGACAUUAAAGCCAACCAGGACAAGAGCUGUCAGUGAAGCUAAAAGACCCCAACCCUUUAACAAUUUGCUUAAAAUUCUUUUAUUCCCAGUGCUUCUUCUGGCUGUUUUACUUGCAUUUUAUUGA